AUGAGGUACCCGGGCGUUGGGCAGGAUGGUUCCGUUGUAGGUCUACCCUUUUGUUAUUUAUUGAACUUCUCGCCCGUCCAGCUUUUGACUAACUAUGAUGGAUUAACAGCUCGUCUUGCCCCCUUCACUUCGCAUCGGGCCCAAUCCCGUGGUUGGCGCCCAGUGGCCCUACGCCCGGCUUACCUCAGUUCUCUCAUUUGUAUGAUGUUGACAAUGUUGUGUUGCCUGGAAGGGGUGCGGCAGUAUAGCGAUAAGUAUGGAGGACUGGUUUUCUUUGGAUAUACCGAUGAUGUGUCCGACAUUCAAUCUUUUGCCUAUAACUACCUGCCGAUUAUCAUCUCUCUUGUCCUCGUCUUGGUAUGGACCGUCACCGAUUUCGAUGUCCUCCGUCUCGAACCGUACUUCCAGUUGUCUCGACCCGAAGGAGCCCCGGCGACCGUGCUCUUCAUCAAUUACAACUUCGGUCAGACGAUCCUUACCCCGAUCAAUGCUGCCCGCCGCCGCCACUGGGUAGUCCUUUGGGUUUCGUUCGUGACACUCUCGAUUCGAAUGAUCCUCCCCGCAUUGCAAAGCACAGUUUUUGAGCUACGAGAAGUGACCGUAAUUGAUAAUGAAACGAUGAAAAGUUGGCCCAACUUGGUGGAUCUGGACACACAGGCAAGGUGGAUGUCCACACAGGCAAAUAACACCGUCGACUCCGUGCUUUCGUCCGAUGAGCAACUGCGUCGCUCCCGAUCCUCCAAAUAUGCCGUGGCACCCGUAGAGAUCCCCGGGGGUGACCAAGAUGAAAGCACAAUUUGGACUCUCGACCAGACGCUGUACUGGGCUGAAUUGUCCUGUCACAACGUUGUUGUUGGGGAUAAGCUUAGUGUUGCCAUAGAUGACCCUCAAUCGACAUACCCAACAGUCUCGUGGAACGCCAGUGGAAUCGAUUUGGACACUACUUACGGAGGCGCCACGAAAUGCACUCUGGAUUUUCACUAUGACAGUGUGUUCUUCCCGACUACUGAUUACCUCCAGGUCCGAUAUUGGGAACCUGUGAUCAGUGCCGCAGCCAAAGAGGCAUUCCCGAAUCGCACUCAAGCCUUUACAGCUUCCGGCUGUGAUCCGUACGAUCUUUAUGGCAUGCUCAUUGGGGUGAAUGCCACCAGUCCUAAUUCUACAUCGACUGAGUAUUCCGCAUCAGGCAUCGCCUUCGCGUGUGAUAUCACCUACCACAAAGCAGAAGCACGCGUAUCAAUGCACUCGAACAGCUCUGUCAUCUCUAUUCAAAUUGAUCGAGCCACAACCAGCACACUUACAAAAGCAGAGUUCAACAUCGAGCAUUUUCAGGCCCUCCUCUCCCAGCGCGCUCCAUAUACAAGUGACAUGCUAUUCAUUCGCGAGAACGUCACCACGGGAGAACGUACUGUCACGGAACUGCCAGUGAUCAGCCAGGAGCUGGGAGAGCUACAACCCCUCCUGGUACUUGACACAUCGACUGCCAUGACAGAGGGCGAAUUCGUGUCAAAGAUUGAGAGGGAUGUCAAGCAAACCUUUGUUCUCACACUUGGUCGUCUGUUUGAUCCAGAUACUGCGCCGACUAUCAUUGCAGCCUCCCGCUUGUCGAACCAAGUUGCCAUCGCCGUCGUCAACUUCGCUGCCUUGUGGUCGGAGCUCAUUCUCGUCUUGGCCACUUUGACUGCGAUGUACCUUCUUCAUAUGUAUUACUCACGGAGAUUGUUCCUUCAGAGUGACCCGGGCUCGAUUGGCGCCAUGUGUAGCAUUACUGCUGAUGUCUUUCAUCCUUCCAACAUCCUUGCCGAGCCAGUGGCGGAAUUUCAUCAGUUUUCUACUCGGCAACUCCGGCGUAUCUUCAGAAACGCUCGGUGUUACUGGAGACCAGGCCCUUCCGGCAAUCGCUUAGAGAUACUUGCCGAAGAUGGCUCACCUGUACAGCUUGGAGAGAAUCUUCAAACUCAUGUUGAUCCCAUGCCCCAUUUUUUAGUCAUUCCUUUCUUUUUAGUUGAAUUCCUAGCAUUGGCGGGAGUGAUAAUUCUCAUGGGGCUGGUGGUUGCCUCCUUACUACGAGAUGGUCGAUUUCGCCAUCUGACCCAAUCCGACUCGAGUGCAUUUCAAGUUGUAUUGUCUUUCCUACCAUCUGUUAUCGCAUCUUCCGUCGGAUCUCUGUGCACCUCUAUUCAUCGAAACCUUAGUGUUCUGGAGCCCUGGGUUCACCUACAACGUGGUAACGCAUCGGCACGGGCAUCUUUAUCGCUGAACUAUUCAUCGCAAAGUCCUUUGGCCAUUUUUAUCAAAGCUGUUCGCGAUCGUCAUGCCUUGCUGUGUCUGGUAUCCAUAGCUUGCGUGGCCAACAUGGCUCUGACCGUUGUCGCCGGUGCACUAUUUACCCAACAGUUGACAACUUCAACCUUGGAUACGAACGAUUUGAUGAUGAAUUACAGCCAGUCUAUCUUCUGGCGGACUAAUUUCGCGGCUGAGUUUACUGAAUAUGACUUGAUUCAGACCAGCAUCACGAGUGGAGUCCCCAUGCUUUCUUGGACCAGCCCAAAUCAGUCUUUUGUCCCCGUGCAUAUCAAUAACCGCAACCCAGAUGUGACCUACGGUGCUUCAACACUUGGAGUCGGAACUGAGCUUGAAUGUCGGUCUCUUUCAAGAAACGACCUUGUCAAAAAUAUAACCAAUGGUCAUCAAUAUUGGCAAUAUGAGUUGUUCGAUAAUUCUUCAGUGAAAUGUACCGCACGCAUGCCACCCUUAAAAAGCAAGAAAGAAGGCAUCGCGCUGUCUAUUCACUUCCUCUCCCCGGACGAAUGGGAUCACUCAGACAUCUGCCAGACUUCGACGGUUCUUGUUGUCGGCCGUUGGCACUAUUUGGCAGAUGCGCCGAUCACGGAUCAUAAUACUAUUGCCCUGCAUUGUGAGCCCCAAACGCAGUUGCAAAAUUACUCUGUCAGCUUUGACCAGAAGGGUCAGAUUGACUGGCAUGAGCCUUUGCCCAACACGUUGAUUACCAGAGGAACCAUGUACGACAAUGCCACCGUCAGCCUUGGACAGUUCAACAAAGUCUUUGCGGCCAUUCCGAGCAGCUAUGUUGGAAAUACCACCAUGCACAAUGGCACCUACAACAUAUCUUCCUACGAUUGGGCAGGCUUCCUUGUUGCACGCCUUUACCAGCGCGAGGACCCUGACUUUGAUUCGCUUGACCCAGCUAUUCUGACUGACAUGACACAAACUGUGUAUCAAUGGGUGUAUAGUACCUACUUUUCCAUUUGGCGCGAUAUUUAUCUUGAACCACUUGCCCACCCAGUUCCGGCUACAAAUGCCACCAUUACCCGCAGCACCUGGGGGAUGGUCCCAUCAGGUCCAUCGCUUGCCAUUGCUCUCGCGAUUAUUGUUUUCGACACCCUAGUUGUUCUUUUGGUAUUUGGAACCCGUCGUGGCCGAUUCCGGGGGCCUCGCAUGCCUCGCUCUAUUGGCGCCGUCAUUCCUUGGAUUUCACAUAGCCAGAUGCUUCAUGACUUUGCUGAUACCCACACCUGGAGCAGUGCUCGGAGACAUGCUCAUAUAUCAUCAUUGAACAAACGUUACGGCUUCCGCAUGUUCAUGGGUGCCGACAACCGUUGGAGGUUUGCCGUUGACCAAGAACCGGAUAAUAUAAACCCCCCCGACCCUGCAGAAGGUGGUACAGAGGUGGGAGUUGAUAAGACCACCUCCAUUCAACUACAGGAGAUUCAAAACCCGCCACCCCCCAACCAACACUAA